AUGGUACUCAGUGUAUAUUCGAUAGUGCCAGUGACUAAAUUAUCCCUUGAAUAUAAUUUUAGCAAAGGCUACUUGAGAGUAUUCAAAAAUCCUAAGUCAGCCAAAUUCUUAUUGUUAAUUGAACAAUUAGCAAUAUGGAAGUAAAUUUUAAUGUUGACUGAGAUUUAUGAAUAUUUAGAAAAAAAUCCAUUUCACCAAAAAGAAACUCUUAAGAUAUAUUAUUUUCGUCAUACCGUAUAUUAAUUAAGAUGUUUGAUAUUCAAAUUAAAAGCAGGUCUAAGUCCUCAUAUGGCAAUGUCUAUAUUUUAUAAGAAAACAUCAAUUUGUUUGGAGGGGUUUGCAUUAGCUUAUAAACAACUCGGUAAGAAGAUGUUAAUAGUGAAAGCAGGAUUUAGAUUUGUAAAAAUGAAUUAUAAAAAAAAUUAUUAUCCAAAAGAAGUUGGAAGAGGAUCUAAAGAAUUAGUCUACAUUACAGAAGAGUAUUAAUAAUAUGGAUUCAUCAAUUAUUCUGGUGAAGUGCAAUAUGGAGAAUUGGAUAUAUAAAUAACAUUAAAGGCCUGCUCUGUUUGUUUGAUAGCAAAAGUAGAUUUAGCCAACAAUAUAUUUUGUAGACAUAGAUAUUGUGAACAUUGUCUAAAGAUUUAUUUUAGAAAUAAGUACUCCAUAGUCUGUCCAGUAUUGGGAUGCAAUGCAAAAUUAAUUAGAAGAUUGAUCACUUUGAAAAAUCAAACUUAAAAGUUCAGACCUUCAUCAGCAGAGAGAGAGAAGAAAUAGCCUAAAAUCUAAGAUGCUGAACCAAAUGCAGCCACUUUAUUAAUGGAUCCGAAUUGGCCUCCUAAAUUUACUGGUUCUAAUCAACCUAAUUAUUUGGAAUCUUAAUUUAUUUAAUUAAGAAACAUUAUCGAGUAUUAAUGCGGUGAAAAACACUUUACUCAGGAUGAUAUGAAAAACAACAAUAAUUUAUGUUCUCAAUGUCUAAUGACAUUAUAAGAUGCCCAAGUUAAGGCUAGAUGCAAUAGACACUAUGUCUGCAUACAAUGUACAUUGAACGCUUAAUAGUCAUGUCUACUUUGUUGA